CAUGAAAGCAAAUGAAAUUGCACUUGUUCCAAAUAAAGAAACAACAAGCAGCGUUACAAUCAGCUUUUAAAAUUUAUCCUAUUAGGUUAAUGUUAUAAAUCCUCAAGGGGAUUAAGAAAACAAAAUAAUCCUAAAUAACAUAUCUGGACUAUGCAAACCAGGUUAAGUUACUGCAAUACUUGGAGCUUCAGGAGCAGGAAAAACUUCAUUGCUUAAUAUCUUAGCUAAGAGAAUUACUCCUGGAGGGAAUGUGACUUUAUAGGGUAAUAUUCAUGCUAAUGGUGAACCAUAUAAUAGUGAUAAAUUUUCUCAGUUCUCAUCUUAUGUUAUGCAAAAUGAUGUUCUUUUUGGAACAUUAACAGUUAGAGAAACAUUAGAAUUUGUAGCAAAUUUAAAGUAUGCUGAUCCAUAACAAAAAAUUGAGAAAGUAGAUUAUGCAUUGAAAACAUUAAAAUUAGAAAAAUGUUAAAAUACUCUUGUAAUAUAUGUUUUCAAUAUUGAUAGAUUGGUAAUGCAAUGAUUAAGGGAAUAUCAGGAGGAGAGAGAAAAAGGACAUCUAUUGGGGUUGAAUUAGUUAGUGAUCCCUUUUGUAUAUUAUUGGAUGAACCUACUUCAGGUUUGGAUUCGUUUACAGCUUUCAUUAUAAUGUAAAAUUGAUUUAAAUUUGAUUAUAGAAAUCUACUUCGAAAAUUGGCUCAUACUUCAGGAAGAACAAUAGUAUUUACAAUUCAUUAACCAAGUGCAGAUAUAUAUAUGUUGUUUGAUUAAAUCAUGCUUUUAGUUUAAGGGAAGUUCAUUUAUUAGGGUAGAAAGGAUGAAAUGGUGAAUUAUUUUAAAGGUAUAGGUUUUGAAUGUCCAGCACAUUCGAAUCCAUUGGAUUAUAUUAUGAGUGUUAUGCAUCAUGAGGAUACUGAACAUCCACAUUAUGGAACUCUAUUUUCUGGUUAUAAUUAAAGAUUUUCAUAAGAAAUUGAAAAUGCUAUAAACUCUAUUUAAAUUUAACAAAUAUCUAGACAAUCAAUUUAAACAUCUUUUGGAUUUUAAGUAAGUGAAAUAUUUAGAAGAGGAAUGAUUAAUGUAAAAAGAGAUAAAAUUUUAGUAAGAGGUCGUUUAGUAAUGACAAUAUUUAUAGGUCUAUUAAUUGGAGGUAUUUUCUGGACAGCAGGUAGUGAACCUGGAUAUAAAGGGAUUUAGAGUACAAUAGGAGUUUUAUUCUUUUUGGUUAUGAGUAGUUUUAUGGGAGCUCUUAAUCCUGUAAUGGUUCAAUUUCCAGCUGAAAGAGAAGUAUUUUUAAGAGAGGAAAAUUCAAAAUUAUAUUCUACUGCAGCAUAUUUCACAGGUAAAAGUUCAGUAGAAAUUCCUUUUUUAUUUGUUUUCCCUAUUAUCUAGUAACUUAUUUGUUAUUGGAUGGUUGAUUUGAAUGAUAAAACAGGAGACAUUGUAGUAAUCAACAUAAUUAUUUGUAUAUUGCUAGGUUUAAGUGGAAACAGUUUUGGUAUAAUUUAAUUACUAGUUAUUAGGUCUAAUGACUGGAUGUAUGUUCAAUGAUCUUAAAGCAGCUGCUGGAUUUCUACCUGUAGUAUUAAUGCCAUUGGUUAUAUUUUCUGGAUUUUAUGCUAAUUAAUCUAUGUAUAUGGAUUGGAUUGGAUGGAUUUAAUAUUUAAGUCCAAUGAAAUAUGCUUUUGAAGCAUUAGUAUGGAAUGAAUUCGAAACAAGAGAUGAUGAAUUCAUAGGAAAAUCAAUAGAGAAUUCUAGCCCUAUUAAAACCUAUGAUUUAACUUUAGGUCUUUGGAAAUGCUUGGUUAUUUUAACUGCCAUAAUUUUAUUCUUCAGAUUUAUGGCUUUAAUGUUUUUAUACCUCUUAAGAGGAAAGUAAUAAUGA